UGGAGGUAGGGAACUAUCUUGGUGGCUGUUACUCUCUGGCGCUGUCAGUGACCACCGGCCUGCCGACGUGGCGGGGCGGAAGAGAGGAGCCGCUGGCUGGCACCAAACGGAUCAUCAUGGCUUCUCGCUCUGAUGCAGAGCCCUGCACAGAUACCACACCUCCUCCUGAGCCCCUACAUGCUGAUCCCAGCCCCUGUGAAAAUGCCCUACCUGUCCUCGAAACCCCCUUAGAUCCGCUGCAGCCUCCUCUCAUCCCUGAGAGUUUUAACAUUCCACGGUCCACAGAGGAGAGAGCAGCAGAGGACACCAGCAGCAAAACUGGCACAUCAGAGGAUCACCUAAAGCCACCCGCUGAGGAUCAGGUGGUCGAAUGUGACCAGCCAGUGAGCCUGGAACCAGAGGCAGGGCCUGCAGAAGAAGAUGUGGAGAUGCCACCCCAGCAGAAAGAAAAAGGUUGGGGAGGUUGGGGUUCAUGGGGGAAAUCUCUCCUGAGCAGUGCCACGUCCACAGUUGGGCAGAGCCUCACCUCUGUUAAGGUGAAGGCAGGGGAGGCUCUUCGUCUCCACAGGACCUCAGUGGGAGAGGAAGCACAAGAAGAAGAAGAGGCAGCAGAGGAGAAGAGAGAGGAUGGAGGUGAAGGUGAAGGUGGAGGUGCCAACCCAUCCAGCUCGGGGGAGUCGCCAUCUCCGAGUGCUGCUGCACCACCUAGCAGAGGCGUUUUUUCAACUUUUACUCACGCUGUGCAGAAUACUGGUAAGUCAGUGAUCAGUGGAGGUCUCGAUGCCUUGGAGUUCAUUGGAAAGAAGACCAUGACUGUUCUUGCGGAAAGUGACCCAGGUUUCAAAAAGACGAAGACUCUGAUGCAGAGGACGGCCUCGCUUAGUCAGAUGCUGAAAGAAGCCAAAGAGAAGGAACGAGCACGUCUGAGUAACCAGCCAAUCAGUACUCCCACAGCUCACUAUGGGAUUCUUUUUGAUGACUACCAGGGCUUGUCACAUCUGGAGGCCUUGGAGAUCCUGUCCAAUGAAAGCGAAGCAAAGGUCCAAACCUUCCUCUCUUCCCUGGAGGAAGAGCAGCAGGAGGAACUGAAAAACGAGUUGAUUUUCAUCAAGGAGAUUUUCAUCAAACAGCCUGAAGAAGAGGAGGAAGGAGAGGGAGACCAAGGACAGACGAAGGAUAAUGGUGAUCUUAGUUCCCAAAUACAGUGUUCUACCCUCUUAUCUGCUGAUGGCGAGGAGUUUGUUAGCGUUCUUACUGAGCUGCUGUUUGAACUUCAUGUUGCUGCAACACCAGACAAACUCAACAAGGCUAGAAUGAGGGCCCAUGAUUGGGUGAACAAGGUGGAACAUCCUGUCACUACGGAGACAGUUGGCAGGGAAACGCAGGACAAGCCAGGAGAGACCUCACCUGGAGAGAGCAAAGAGGAGGAGAAGAUGAAAGCUGGAGAAGAGCAGCAGGAGAGAAGGAUUGAAGGGGAGGAAAUGAAGAAAGAAGAGAAGGAUGAACCAACAGAGAAUGACCCCAGAUCUGUAGAGCAGGCAGUCUACCUGUCAUCAGUAGGCAGUCUGGCAGAAGUGACGGCUCGCAGUAUUGAGCAGCUCCACAAGGUGGCAGAGCUCAUCCUCCAUGGUCAGGAGUCGGAGAAACCAGCCAGAGACCAGGCACAAAUUCUUACAAGGUUGACAUGCGCCAUGUGCAAGGAGGUGGAUUGUUUGGCCAAGAAGUUUUCUGAUACCUUGCUUCUAGUUGGGCCCCAAAGAAAAGCAGAGGACUUGAAUCCAUUUGUAGAUGGUGUGCUGCUAGAGGGUUCCAAUAGUACCAACUACAUCCAUAAUGCAUUUCAGUUGCUGCUGCCAAUCCUGCAGAUCUCCCACAUUCAGAAUCAACAGUGCCAAGGCACAGCAGAGCCAUGACAGCGCUAACACACAUACCAUCUGCUCAUCGGCUUGUCUUAAUGUAUAGUUGUACAGUAAAGUGUAAAGUCUAGAUAUUACAGAUUAAGUGCUUUUGUCAUCAGUGAGUGCCAUACAGCAACAACAGACAGAUAAAAGAAAGAAUAUUAAGUCUUGAAGAUAACAGAUUAAUUAAGUAUUCAUUAAUGUAGAAAUGGCAAACAUGCAGGUUGUAUCUGUGUGUCUACCAGCUUAUAUCUCUGAAUUUUGUCUGUCUCUAUUUUUGCUGUAAAGAAAUUAAACUGCACUCAAGCUCAGUGAAACUUUAUUCUGUGUAACAAAUGUUUCUCCAUUUUCUCAGACAGCUGAACCAAAAACAGAAAAUUACAGAUUGUAUUGAAGAGAUUAAUGUAAAUUGAGUUUUCUUUGCGCUCCGUACAGUUAAUUGUUAAGAGAAAUAACACUCAUGGAAGUCUCUGUUUAACUGUUUUACUUUGGGUUUAAACUAAUUUUCAGUAUUAAUAAAUAUACACAGUAAUUUCUUGCUUGCAUGUUGUCCUGUUAAAUUAAAUAAAGCAACACUACUUUAUUUUUGGUUCUAUUAGUGUGUGAUUAAAAAAAAUCUUUACAUUAAUUAAUGUGGUGCAGUAGUUCCCUCAUUAUGCACAUUAAAUGUGCAAUAGAAAUAAAAUAAUAUCUCAUUUUAAUUUCUAUAAUUAAAAUGUUCAAAGCUUUCUAUUAGAAAACUUGGUUCUUACUCUUAAAAAAGUGGUCGAACAUGUUCUGUCUUGCCAAGAAUUGGAUGAAUUAGAUUAUUCUUCGUUCAGUAAAUGUGGACUUUCAUCUGGUUAGCUUAGCUUAGCAUAAAGAACGGUUGAAACUGCAAACUUCACAACAAUUGCCAACAAAUAAUGUGGAAUAAAGCAUUAUAUUGAAAUACA